GCAUGUGCGAGCUGACCAGACCUUGGGUGGUGCCCGUCACACUCCCCUCACCGGCAGAGACCGAUCCUUCUGCCGCAAAACAUGAAGACUGACCCUACAAGCGGCUUCGACAGCAAAGUCGAGAGCCAUGGUGAUGGUGGUGACCACAACAAUGGUCCCAGCCACCAUGACGGACACGGUACUGGUAGUCACGGUCCCGGAAUCGGCUGCACUACUAUUGAGGAGGUCUACGACAAUUGGGCGGGCAGUUACGAGGUCACAGCAUCGGUUGGUAGGGAGCGAAGCUUCCCGCGGGACAUGUUGAGCCAGUUCCCUCACCACGGAUUCACCCUCGAUCUAGCCUGCGGUACGGGGGCCGUGGGAAUGCUCAUCCACCAGUCGCCCCUUAACGCUGCCUUCGUGAACAGCAACGUCGAUCCGCCUAAGGCCUCGCACCAGCCCAAGGUCUACAUCCACGGCGUGGACAUCUCGACUAAGAUGCUCAGCUCGCCUUGGUGCGCGCUUCACUACGACUCGACCGAACAGGGCCUUAUCCAGGACGUGAUCAAGAACCCUAACGCAGCCUGGGUGCAAUACGCCAUCGCGAACGAAGGCGCAGCAAGGCCCAGCCCGAGCUUGACUGAGCCCUUGGUUGACCACAUCACCUGCUUCGGCGCCCUGCACUUCCUGAAUCCCGCUGAAUUCGAAGCCGUGCUGAGCCGCAUGUUUAUGCUGGCGCGCCGCAGCGUCAUGUUCGACAUUCACGACCUCUGCCCCACGUAUCUAAACCACGUGCUCGAGAAGGUCGGGGAGGGUUUCAGGAAUUACAACCACGUGGCUGCAUACGGCAAGUUCGGGACACCGUCGGGAUGGACCAAAGUCGUGGAGGAGGAGACCUUGAUCUACCACUCGCCCAAUGUCGGGGUUGAUGUCAAGGGGAUUAUGGUCAGGUUUGAGCGGGUGGACUGACCGUCGACGGGUGUUACACCAACGUUGACCAGCACCUAGGUGCGCGGGGGCCUUGAUGAUUUGUUGGGGGAACUGGGAAACUGUUGUCUUUGGAAUUUGUUGCUGUAUGGGAGAAGGUCGGUGGGUGGCCGACUGCAAGCAGUGGGCGCGUGAACCCCACGCGUCCCCACAUGAUUGGCAUUGGCUAAACGACUAAAGUCUUUUGUUCUCAGGUUAUCUUCUGAGCCAGGAAUCCACUGAUCACUGGAAUCUUAUCUGUGUUUCCGUCUGUAACGGUCUCAGGUAGUAUAUUGCAACUAACUGAUGACGACUCUACGAG